AUGUCGGCAGACACCAUCAUCCCCUUGCAUGAAUACGAUUGCAUGCCCUUGUUGACAAACAUAUUUUUCACACUCUUGCUGAAAUAUGACCGGGUGCUCGAUCCUCAUGUCCUGGAAAAGUCGUUGGUCGAACUGAUCGACAGAGAAGGCUGGCGCAAACUCGGUUCCCGGCUCAAACGAGAUGCAAAAGGCGAUUUGGUUUACCACGUACCGGCUAGCUUUGACGAAAGCCAUCCGGCCAUCACCUUUUCCCACGUCCACCACGACAUGUUUAUAGCCGACCACCCCCUGGCACGGCAGAUCCCCACGUCCAAAUCCGGCCGGGAAGAUGCACCCUCGGUGGUCCUGGACCUGGGGAAACUCGCCCCCUUGACCCGACGCGCCGACGCCCCGCACAACAUUGCCGAAUUCAUCGCGCGGAACCUCCCGCAGCUCGAGCUCCACGUCGUUACUUUCCGCGACGGCACCACCGUCGGCAUCAGCUUCCUGCAUUCGCUGCUCGACGGCAUGGCGCUCGGCGGGCUACUGAGCGCCUGGUCGCUCGUGCUGCACGGCAAGGGCGACCAGGUCCCGCCCGUCUGCGGCGUCGACCGCGACGUGCUGCGCGAGUUGCGCACCUUUAACGACUCCAAUGCCAAGCCCGCCGCGGCCCCCGUCGUGUACAAGCAUGCCCGGUACGUCAUGGGCCGGCUGGCCACGCUCAGGUUCGUGCUGGGCCGCAUCUGGGAAUUCGUCCGGUACCGCCAGGAGGAGGUGCGGGUCGUUCGCGUGCCGGGGUCGUUUGUCACGCGGAUGCGGGAGGCGGCGCUCCAGCAUCUGGCCACGGCUGCGGAAGGUGAUGCAGUGGCAGCGGCAGCAACAGCAGCAGCAGCAGCAGCACCAGUCGAGAAACAGCCGUGGGUAAGCGAAGGCGACGUAUUAGUGGCAUGGUGGAGCCGUUACGCCACGCUGCAGUACGCAAACAGGCCCGAUAAGCCCAUCAUGAUAACCAACGCCUUCAGUAUGCGCAAAGCGCUCGCGGGGACGCUGCUGCCGCCGCUGCCGCGCGACGGCGGCCGACCCCAUGUGUACCUGGCCAACUGCGUCACGGGGCUCAACGUCUACACGACCAUCAGGGGUCUGGGGACGGCCAUGGCGGAAACGGCAGCGGCGGUGCGGCGGAGCAUCGUGGAGCUGGGGACCGUCGAGCAGCUGGCGGCCAUGCACGCCAUCUGCCUCGAGGACCCGCGGAAGCUGUGGAAAAUGCGUUUCUCCGGCAUGCCCGACGCCCACAUGACCAUAUUCACCAAUUGGACGCAAGCGCUUUUCCAUCACGUCGAUCUCGCGCCGGCCGUGGCGGCAGGAGGAGGAGGAGGAGGUGAUGGAACUGAUGAGCAGGCCGUAAAUGGACGCUGCCCCGAGGAACAACAGGGCCCGGUUAUGCCGAGCUUUGUGGGCUCCCAUAUGAAUAGCCCCGUUUGGCCUUUGCGUGAUCAAUUUGUUAUCAUCGGCAAGGACGGCCAAGGAGACUAUUGGUUGUCCGGAACGUUGCGAAAGGGCCUAUGGGGCAAAAUAGAGGAAGCGUUGGAAAAACAAGAAUUAUAA